AUGGCGUCCACCCUCACUCGGCUGGCCGGCCGCCAUGCCAAACGCCUCUGCUUGCGCCCUGCACUUCCCACCACCUCUGCUCCUCGAGCGUCGAUACGCCUCUUCUCCGCUGCUCCAGCGCGGAGAUACGCAGAGCCCUACGAAGCCACGAGAUUGAUCCCAACCGACGAGCACUUCGCCCACUCCACGAAUUCCGAAGACUCUCAACACUUGAACAUCACCCCCGACUCAAACCUCCCCGAUGGCGAAGCCGUUGAGAACCGGAAGAUCAGACAUUACACCGUGAACUUCGGCCCCCAGCAUCCGGCUGCUCACGGUGUGCUCCGCUUAAUCUUGGAGCUCAAUGGCGAGGAAAUUGUGCGGUCGGAUCCUCAUGUGGGAUUACUGCAUCGGGGCACGGAAAAGUUGAUUGAAUACAAGACAUACAUCCAGGCUCUGCCAUAUUUCGAUCGGCUGGACUACGUCUCCAUGAUGACCAAUGAGCAGUGUUUCUCGUUGGCAGUAGAGAAGCUUUUGAAUAUCGAGAUCCCGGAGCGGGCCAAGUGGAUUAGAACGCUAUUUGCUGAAAUCACUAGGAUUUUGAACCAUCUGAUGUCUGUUCUGUCUCAUUCAAUGGAUGUUGGGGCUCUAACACCUUUCUUGUGGGGAUUCGAGGAACGUGAGAAAUUGAUGGAGUUUUAUGAACGAGUGUCGGGUGCACGUCUCCAUGCCGCAUAUAUCCGCCCAGGCGGUGUCCAUCAAGAUAUCCCAGUUGGCCUACUCGACGACAUCUAUCAGUGGGCAACGCAAUUCUCUGAUCGAAUCGACGAAACCGAAGAACUUCUCACAGACAACAGAAUCUGGAUAGGUCGAACAAGAGGAAUUGGAGUUGUUUCUGCAGCAGACGCCUUGAACUACUCCUUUUCCGGCGUAAUGCUUCGUGGCUCCGGAGUGCCGUGGGAUGUCCGUAAAAGCCAGCCUUACGAUGCCUAUGGUCAGGUCGAAUUUGAUGUUCCGGUUGGUGUGAAUGGCGAUUGCUAUGAUCGGUACCUGUGUCGAAUGGAGGAGUUCAGACAGUCUCUUCGCAUCAUUCAUCAGUGCUUGAACAAGAUGCCUGCUGGACCUGUCCGAGUAGAGGAUUACAAGGUCUCCCCACCACCCAGAGCGGCGAUGAAGGAGAAUAUGGAGGCCUUGAUUCACCACUUUUUGUUGUUCACCAAGGGUUAUUCUGUGCCGCCUGGAGAGACAUAUUCAGCAAUCGAAGCUCCAAAGGGAGAGAUGGGGGUGUUUGUUGUCAGUGACGGGAGUGAGAGGCCUUACCGAUGCAAGAUCCGAGCUCCCGGGUUUGCGCAUUUGGGUGGUUUUGAUCAGAUCUCUCGAGGGCAUUUGCUGGCGGACGCCGUGGCGAUUAUUGGAACGAUGGAUCUUGUAUUUGGUGAGGUCGAUAGGUGA